UGGAAGGUGUGUCUUGGAAACUUCGCGUUUAAUUGACUGCUCCAUUUAAAUUAAGACGAAAGAAGAUAAAUGUAGUCUAUAAUUUUUGCUACGUUUUUAGCGGCUAAGAAUAUGGUGAUCCGACUGGUUUUCAGCUUGUUCAUUUUCACCUUUAUAACAGCGAAUUUUGUAGAUACUUAUAAAUACAAUGAUUAUGAUGUACAACAAUCGAAUAAAAAUGUCAUGCAAAAAUUGCUGCAUACACUAGAUGAUAAUAAAUACAACAAGGACAAAUACAAACGUAGGGAUGUUGUAGACAAUUUUAAAAAUUGGAACGGACGUUGGAUGCCUGAUAGACCAGGUGAUCCAAAACCACCGCCCAAAGUAUUUCCAAAAAAUCAACAAUAUGAAUAUGAAUCUGUAGCAGAGCUACCUGAGAAGAUGUAUUGGCCUGAGCAUUGGAUAUCUAACACACCAGAAUUAUCUUCCGAGAUGCAUUGGCCUGGACGUUGGAUGCCUGAGAAACCAAAUAAUUCAAAAUUGCCAUUCAAAAUAUCGUUAAACAAUGAACGUAAUGAAUACGAAUCUAUAACUGAAUUUCCUCAUGAAAUGUAUAUGGGCCAUGUGUCACCAGAAUGUGACGAUGCUAAGACUAACUUGACUCUUGAUUGGGAUCAUACUCCUUCAGAAUACACGUGUUAUGGUCAUAACUUUAUGCCACGUAAGAUUACAGCAAGAAUUUAUUGUGAGAACAUUCCAAAAACAUAUAGGGCUGCUCAUAAAUGUAUGAACCAGAAAAUUGAAUAUGAUAGUAUUAUUCCUCUUUACGGUCCUCAUAGACCUUUGUGGCCAGUUUACGGAGAAUACAAAUAUGUACCCAAACAGAGAUGGUUGCAUAGUCUCGAGCAUGGUGCAAUUGUUAUGUUGUAUCACCCAUGUGCAAAUCCAUCGGAAGUAAAACGUUUGAAAAAUCUUGUUAGCAAAUGUCUCUGGCGACACAUCAUUACACCAUAUAGUUAUUUGGAAGAAGACCGGCCCUUAGCGCUCCUAUCUUGGGGAUGCAGAUUGACCAUGUCGUAUGUAAAUUCCACCGUGGUGAGACGUUUCAUACAGAAAAGGGCUCUCCAGGGUUCAGAAAAAAUAGCUGACGAUGGUCAAUUCAAGGAUGGGCUAUUGAGUCACUCAAGCGUAGUGACGGAUGAAGUCGAUUCCGUGCUUUGUCCUAACAUGUAAAUGCAUAUACAUACGUAAUAAUAACAAAUAGCAUAUUUCCAUUACUUGCAAAACUCGCAAUUUAUAUGUUGUACAUAUUAUUUAUAUUAAAUGCCCCUAGUUAUUCUAUACCUAGCUCGUUUUUUAUUAUGUGUAAUAUUUAAUUAUUUAUCUGAUUUCAAAGGUAUUCGAUAACAAGUGUGAACUUGUUUCCUGCAUAGCUUGUAAAUUGAAUCUUAUAGAAUAUUGCAAUAAAUCGUGAGUACAAAUGAAGUCUCAUUUUUUAAAAUCAUUAUUACGUUAGUUUCUCUU